CGUUAUACAGAGACAGUAAAAAAGCUCCGCAUAAUGCCAAAGAAAAAUCGUGGGCACUUGGAAAUUAUCGAAAGGUUUUACUACGAUAUUCCAGCAUUCACAGAUAUCUUCACCGAGGAAUCGUUCUACGCGUUUGCCUUUUGUUUUGUAUGCGGAACAAUAAUUGUGGCUUUCAUUCUGUCUAGAUUUAUUACUAUAAAACCUUUGGAUUGAAAUGUGAUUUGAAGUGAAACUGUACGGAAAAAUGAAAUAAAUGUGAAAUGUAUGGUGCACGCAUAAAAUCGUGUUUUUCACUA